AAAGCGCGCGCGACCGCCGAGCUGUGCUAUCUCCACACUCUCGGCUCGGUGGAACGCGCUCCGAGCGCUCAGUACGUCCUGCGCCGUUGUAAGUCGCGCCCACGCAUUCGGGACGACCCCGUAGCUUAGUCCGCGCCGUUUCGUAUUACUCGACUCGACUUUGGUGCACGAAUAGUGAAACCGGCUCGAAUCUCAUCUCCCAAGGGUCGAAGAUCUCGAGCAUUAACUUAUCAAAUUAACUGAAAACGACUCGCGCGAUUCGCUCUCCUUUUAAGCUAAAUCACUCAAAGUUUUUCGUGCAAAUUAAGGUGCGAGGUUAACAUUCUCCGCUGCAACGAUGACACUCGAAAGACCAGCUGGUCGUGACGUAACCACGACGCAUGAGAUUCCGACACGAGAAACACCGAAACAGAGUGCUGUUACAUCGACGGGGGAAAGUUAGUCAAAAAACGAAUAAUCGAAGGAAAAUCAGCCGCAGGAGGGAAACAAGUUGGAGAAGCAAAGAGAGAAUCCUGCCAAAGAGAGCUCAGUGACGAGGGAGGAAGAACAAAACGAGGAAGAUUGAAAAAAAAAACGAAAAAGCCCGCAUCAAAGUGAGUCUCAAGGUGGACAAAAAAAGUGGAGGGAAACGAAGAUCAACAAUAAAGUGACGCUCGUCGAAGGGACCUUUGAAAAUAAGCGGAAGUAGCCGGCCAUCUUUUUCUCUCGUGUCCCUCUUCGUGUGGACUUUACCCGACAGGCUUUUUCUUUCUCUCUCGAUAUUCUGCGAGAGUGAAAGGGCGACCUGAGCACAGUCGAGAUGAAGGUACCCGGACGAACGAACAAGUGACUCCGCUUCGAGCCUCGAAGCCAAAGUGAAUCAGCCAGCGGAAGUUGAGAGAAAAAAGGAUAAAGCCGAGAACGGGGAAAAGGGAAAGGGAUACGCGAGCGUGGCGGGCUCAGCGGCGGCCUGGCGGCCAAAAGUGUUGCUUCUUUCACUCGGGCAAAAGGGCCCGUGUGAUGGUCUCGGGGUGGUGCCCGUGCGUACCUCUGGGGCGCCGGGAAUCCCCGCGCCCACAGUCCAGCAUCCAUACUGCACACAAUUCAAUCGGCUAUCAUCACGGUGGCCCUUACACCGUUAGCGCCGCCACCGGUAACCCGGAAAUGGUUCAGAUGUUCUACUACGAGAAUCGCGGCAAGUGCUGCAAAAAGUUACUACGUUACGACGGAUACCCCAACAAAGUACUUCUAUUCCCUGACGAAGGUUGGGCAAGAAGCGCGAGUAGUUCCUACUGGACUCUGACGCCGUUCUGGUGGAGUAGAAGUCGGUGCAAAGUCGUCGAGGUCGCCGGAACCAGGAGGUACAGCACGCAAGCGAAAAUGGUCGACACGGGUACGGGGACGCUCUACAUCAUUGGGUCAUUCAAGAGGAUGACUGUUGACCCAGAUUUCAAGUUGUAUCUAACAUCGAACGUGUCAUCGAGCGACUUCAACAUGGGCUACAGCAUGACGGGCACCCUCGAACGAGGCUGCAAAAAAACAAACACCUUUCAGAUGACGCAUUUUGCAGUUAUACGAAGACGCGACUACGAGAAAGCCUACGAGGAUCCGAACCCCACCUAGUGUCCGUCCCCACCCGCACUCUCCGAGUGUGGGGAUUACGAGCACUACACGUAGGGUGCGUCUCAAGUCGUCGUAAAAAAUCAUCAUUUUUUGCUCCAUUUACUUUUUUCACGAAGCUCUUUCCUUUUAGUUUUUCGCCUCGAUACUCGGGCUCGCGAUACAUUUCAAGUGGGAAGCAACGAGGAAAGUACGAGACGGUGUCGUUGCAGUGAGAAAACAAAAGAAAUAUCGAGGCGUGAGUCAUUCCAAAGUUUGAUAAUCGGUCGAGCUCUUCGCUGAUGCGGAAGUCGUUAGGAUAUCGAGCGGAGACUUUAUCAAUCACGAGGAGAGAGAGAACAGGUUUUUAGAAUUAGAAAACAAAAAUCGUUUUUCAUCGUCACUCACGAAUUAUCGACUGGUCGAAUUUCGAAAUCUCUGCAUUUUUGACUCUCCAUUUCUCAUAAUCUUUCAACGAUAACAGAAAGAUUCGAGGACAAAAAAAUCGAACCUUGAUUUUUGGAAUAGCCACAUUUUUUUCGUAAGAAAUACCAUUUUGAUCGGAGCUCAAUUUCCUGUAAACGUUUCAAAAUUUACCAAAAAAUGCGUCAGUUAAACUGAAACAAUAACGAAACGAAAAUCGAAAUUCAAGUCGCACGCGAAUCUUGUUUUAUUUUUGCUCAAAAACAAUGAAUUUUAACGAAUCGAUGGCUGUUGUCUGUACGUAAAAACAGCCACUAUUAUUAUCUUUACUUUUAUUAUGAUCAUGAGGCAAACGGGACAUUUUCUCGGUCAGUCACGUUCGUUCACGAUCGUCGGUGAGACUGAGGAAAAUUCACGGAAAUUCCGGAUCCGCCAUCGUUCCAAAACGAGAUCGUCCUUUACGAAGGGAAGAGAAAAAGAGACAAAGAGCGGGGGCGGGAGAGGGAGAGGAGAAUGACAAGUCGUGCCGACGUGUCUCGUUAAUCAUGGUCCACUCUUUCACUAUCUGUCAUCCGGUGGAUUAUUUCCUCCAAUUAUAUUUCUCUCCCUCUCUUCGUCGUACAUUCUCGAUCAAGUGGCAUUUGCGACGAGUCGAUUUUUCGCUAGUCCUCACUCGCUGUAAAUCUCAUUUGUUCCGCAGACACGAGACUUUUGUAUAGUGCAGUAAUAUCAAAAGAAAUAAGGAUAAAAAAAAGAGCGUGCGGAGGGAGCGCGAACUUACGAAAUCCAAAGAAACGAAAAAAAAUUUAGUGACGAAACAAUUUAAUUCGAUUCAUUUCUGACAGCGCGAAUCGCGCGUUCUAGUCGAUAGUAGAAUGCAGAAAGCAAAGAAUUUUAAAAAGUUUUAAAAAAACGUCGUAAAAUAGUCUGAUAUUGAUGAUUUAUCUGGUCUCGAGAAACGAGAAAAAAAACUUUAACGAGUCCGAGACACCCCAGCAGCUACCGAGCCAAACGUCCAUUGAUAGUCUCUAAUUUAGAUGGAAUAAAUGAUCGAAUUGUUUAGGUGGAUUAAAAUUAUUGUAAAUGUUUAAGUGUAUAAAAAUUCAAAUGUGCGAGUAUGUCUGUGUAUGCGGGAGAUAAAUGAAAAAUGAGAAAGAAUAUGAAAAAAAAAAAAAAAAAAAAAAGAGAAAAGAAAUCAGCUCAACGAGCGCAAUUACCUAACGAGCCAGCACGGGCGAAAAGUAUACAAAAAAGUGAUUGAAACUUAACCAAAGUAUUAGCACGUAAGUCAACCAGAGCCAGGCAUUUUUCCAUUUAUUUUGGCUCCCAUCUCUGAGCGAAUGCGAUAGCGAAAAAAAACCAAAAUAUUGUGUACGAACGAGAUAAAUACGAGAAAGAGAGAGAGCUCCUGUUUAAUAAUAAUACUAAAAAUAAUAACGAUUAUCUUAAGAAUAAGGUAACAUUAACGAAAGCAGACGCCAAGAGCUUAUCCAUAGAGCAUUAUGCCACCGAGAAUGCACUGCGGUUCUUCUUAGGCGCCUGCUCCAUCAAAGCUUCUUCGUCGAUGAAUCACUAAUAGACGAUACAUAGUGUAAGCGAAAGUCACAAAUAACUCAACUUGCAAUCGAUAAUUUAUUUUUGCUAAUGUGUAGAAAGUUUGCGCGCGUUUGUUCCGCGAAACAAUCAAAAAGUUGAGUGCGACAGAGCAGUCGAGGGAAGAACAUCAAACGUCAUGACAACUGUCCUCGGUUUUUCUACUUUACGGAAAAGUUUUUCAGAAUUUCAUUCGAUUAUGUGUCCAUCCAAAAACAGGCAAAUCUGCUGGUACAUUUUGUGCCGGAAUAUUUUGUACUGUUAAAAAUCAUUUUGCAACAUCGUCCGAAGAUUUUAACAUUGAAAAAAUCUCUUUAAGGUAUUCACUCCUAUUAUUUUUCCAGACUUUUUCAUCUUUUUUUGUUUGUCUUACAAUUAAUGAAUUAUUGAGUUUUCGAGUCUAGGCGAAUUCGUCAGAAUUUGACGAAUUGAUGGAAUAUUCUGUUUAUUAAGCGGUAAAGCCCCUGGAUGGACACAUCCCAGUAUUGCCACAGCUUUGCUCGAAGCGUACACAGCAUCGGUUAAAAACGCCACCGCAUUAUCCAACCGAACCCUCCCACUUCGUCAUCGUUUAUUGUAAUACGUGAAUUCUCACCCGUGCCAAUAGAACCCACCACACCGUUGUUCCAAUCUAUUGAGAAAUUACUCUUCUGUUCAAACCCACAUGCCCGUUGGUCGUUCAACGAAAUUAAGGUAUUCCUUUCGCGAGCCCGAAUAUUCUACAAAUAACUGAUUUUAAAUUACAGUCAAGUUAAAGUGCAUGCGAAUAGAUUGGCGAAAUUUCAGGUCGGGUUAUCGAACGUUUAAUAAAGAAUGAAAACGUGAAAAAUCGUAAAAUUUGGGAGCUUAUGGAGAUCCCAUCGUCACCAAUUUUCUAUUCGAUAGUUCAAUUACUGAAUCAUUUUAAAUUCUUGAUACAAAUUGUCUCUGAAUCAGUCCAAACUUCGAGUGCCCCAAUUUGCGCAACCAAAAAAUACGUUCAUGCGAAUGGAAUACCUUAACGAACGCAAUGCACUAAUCGUAUUUUGCGAAUAGAAACGAGCGAGCAUUGUAUCGGAGUAUAAAUUUCUAACAGGCAUUUUUCGAGUAGUCGUUCACUACGAUGCAAAAAAAGAAAAGUGUCAAAAAACCGUCGAUUCCGACGCAGUGUUUUAGGUUCUCCAAAUUACGUUACAAAAAACAUCGUCGAAUAUUUUUCUAAUCAGAAUUUCAUCUUCAACCCACAAUAAUCAGUGUAAAAAAAUUCCAGACUCACAACAUUUUAUUUCUGAAGGAAAAAUAAGCAAAAAAACGAGCGAAUGAAAAAUUUGAUCUCAAGCACAGGUGUUUCAAUCUCUAGAAAAAUUUUGGUCAAUUUUUUGAGAAAUCUCGGUUCAAAGAAGACGGAAAAAUGCUUCGCGAUCACUGGCCGGGGGACGAGGUCGUUUUUUUGUCGUUUAGAUCGCCGCCAAUGAAAAUUUCGUUGUGAAUGAAUCGCGCACGGGAUGCAUUGAGUGCUUAUCGGUAUAGUGAUAUUGAAACGUGAAUUCGCGUUACAGGGUUUAAGCGAGUUGAGCUUGACGAGAUCGAUCUGAAAUUCUAUAAAAAUUGUGCAACGAUCGGCCUCAUCGCCUAAUCCUAUAUAAAUAUAUAAAAGUCGAGGGAAAAACAAACAGAGUAUGGUAAAUUAUUUUUGUGUCUCUGAAAGGAGUGCGUGUUGAAAAAAUGAUCGAAAGCAGAUCGAUCCCGUCGAGACGAGGGACGGAAGUGAGAGAGGAAAAAAAAUCUUUCAAAUAUUGAGGCCAUCGUCGAGAACCGCUGGCGCAGUUUGUGUGAAAAAUAAACAUUUCUCGUAGAUCUCUAAUAACGAAUCGUUAGCGAUAAAACAAAAGUAAUUAAACGUACUACGAUAUUUAGGUGAUUUAUCUGUCGGUGUUUAGAAAUCUCGAUGUCAAGCUUAACACUCACGGUCUUUCUAGUCUCAUAGGAACAUUGUGGAAAUUUCGGGUUUCUCCAUUCAUUGGAAGCGUCAGUAUUUUUUUGGAUUUUGAGAGAGACGAUUUGAUACUUUCAUGAGAGUCGUUCGAUCACAAUUGAUGAGAAACUUUAUUGAAUUUUUAUAAGAAAAUGAGAUUUUUCUCGAGAAGGAAUUGCUGAGGAAUAAAAAUGAAUUCAGUAUCGAUUCGAUGCCCAAUUAUUGUGACUGAAUGAAUUUACCUUCGAUUCGAAUUUUCCUUCAUAUUCGUCGCAUAAUCUCCGGUUAUAUUCUGCAUUUCUUUGCCCUGGUUUCGUACUCGAGCUUUUAGCAUUUUCACGAGUAUUUUCUUCGCCGUAUAGUUGAUCGUAAUACCGCAAAUUUCACCGCUAAUGGUCACGUCAGAAGUGCUUUCUCUCUCUUUGCCUCCCCCCCCCCCCCCACCCGCCCCUUUGGCUUCCUCGCUCUCACUUUUGGUCAGCAUUCGCGUUAUUUUACGCCAGUAGUUACUACACGCCACCGUGUCUGACUCGCGGCCAGAUAAAUUCGCGUUGGACCAUUUGCAUUCACGGAUUAACGCUCUCCGCGCUCGCUGCUUCUUCUACCACGUUCACGUUCACCCGUCCGCGUUGUGGUUUGUUACCGGAAUAUAUUAUACUCGAUUUAACGAUGCAUUUCAUCCGCAGUCCCGGAGACAACGCCACUGACACUUUUUCCCCCCGUUGCUUUCCCAUUCGAAUAUUCUUAUUUUCACGAUUAAUUGAAUUUUCCUUAAUCGAGGUAGUUCUGCAAAAUGGUCCGUCCUUUUUUCCUCCGUUUUUCACGGCGACGUGAAUAAAUCGGCAAACUUUUGUGGGCGAGAAUUUGUUCGCGUAUCAACUUCGUGACGUUUGGCAUCUCAUGAAAUUUCUUUGUUUUUUACGAAUAUAAAAUUCUCACAAUUCAUUUUCUAUUCGAUUAUCCGCUUAAGGUACUUCAUGCACGAAAUUAUUUUAUUAAGAAAGUCUUGCUGAAAUUUACACAGAGUAAAUGGAUAGUCGAUUGAUACGCAUGUCAAAUUUUAAACGAUUCGUCUUAUUGGUUGUUUAGAUAGACGUGCUUAAAUAUGAAGAAAAAUACACAGGGGUGGCAACGGGGGUGUGAAAAAUCAUUCAUCUUUUCAUAUAACGAGUGAACGCUUCUUACGAAGUUUAUGAAAAAGUACACAACAACAGUGAAGUAUGUUAUGAAAGUCUUGGAAAAAAUUUUUAACAUAAAAAACUCGUAAUUUCAUUAUCGCCAAAAGAUGAGUUGAAAAAAUGUAUUUACAAUUUUGAAUGAAUAACUCUGACAUUAAUUUAGAGUGCUGAUAAUAUCUUUAAUUACGAAGUAAAAAUCGAGCGAAUUUAGCGACGCCCUUAAAAUACGAUCGUUCGGGCAUGAUCUACCUUAAACCACUAGAAUUGAUCGGGUGAACCGAACCUUUUUCCUGCUUUUUCCCCAUCACGCGACAACAAUGACGAUAAUUCGUGAAAUUUUGACAACUCGCAAUAAUGAAACGCACGAGACCAAAGUAAAAUAUGAACACUCGAAUUAUCGUGGCACGAAAUUGGAAGGUGUAACCGUGGGAUAACGCCGAAAUUUCAAGCCCGCCCGCGAUCGCUACAGAUAGUAUUUUCUAAUCAAAUAAUUUUCGUUUGAAUGAGAUAGCGAAUCGAAAUUCUGUGCGAUAUUACGAGCGCGUUAAAUUAUCACGAGUAUUCGGAAAUGCUCGAUAAUCACGUUUUCACGAUUCGUAUAUGUAUGUAAUGUACAUGCCCCUGUGUAUACCUGUACACACAUAUAUUUGCGCGUAAACCCGAUCCGAAUAGUAAAAGCGAUUGGGGAAAUGUUACGAGCUUUCCCAGUCAAACGAGGGCCAAAGUUCAUUUAUAUAACAAGUCCCUUGCACACGUAACGAAUCAAUUAACGAGACUCUCCCGUCACGUACACGCAUUUAUGUGUGUGUAUGCAGAUAUUAGCGAGAGCAGAGAGGGGAGCAAAGGCUAGGGAGAGUGAGUCGUUAUGUUCGAGGGGUUUUUUCUUCCUUCCAAAUCCGAGGCUAGAAUCGUCGUGAGUUUCAUUUUGCGCUUAGCUAGUCGCGCCUCUUUUUCGCGAUGUGAGGGGGGAAAAACGAAAGCAUCGUUGCGCUAACUAGAGUGUAAUAGGGGGUUGAGUAAAGGCCAAUUUUUCGCUGAGUCUACGUAGUUUCAGUGUUGUUUAGCGGAGCAUUAAAGCAAAAAGACGAAGCGCUUCAUCUCGUUGUGUAUUAAAAAAGCCAAAAUGAUAAUUCAAGUCCGCGAAAAUUUUUCACUAGUCGAGUAUCAUAGGGGAAAAAAAAAAGAAGAAAAAACGAACGAAAAGAUUAAAAAGUAACAGAACAUGAAAGUGCAUCGAGCGAUGCAUUAUUCUAUUCUUUCGUCUAGUUUUAAAACUUUAGGAUACUAAAGAAAACGUUUUUCGUAGGAUGUUUUUCGAUGAUAAGUACACGUCCGAUAUCACGGUCCCUCCUGAACUACUUAGCAGUAGAGCAGACCCAAGAAAUGCACGCUUUCCUCGAGACUAUUUGAAUGAAAAAAAAAGAAAAAGAAAAAGGCAAACAGUCGAUAAUCUUCGUCAGCUGAUGCACUCGGGUCUUCUAGUCGUUUUUAUCUUGUUUCUCAAUAAUUUUGUCUCGUUUAUUCUCUCCGUUGACUUUUUAUAUCUCACAGUGAACGCAAUCCUGUUCCGACUUCCGUCCGAACGGACUUAAAUUAAUAAGCUCAAUGAAAAUCGACCCUAAAUUAUAGAGAAAAUUCUUUAUCCGAGUUAGACGUUUUUAGAAAAAGUAUUUUAGACGAUGGUUGAAUGUUUCGUUACGUUUUACAACGAUUUUAUUUUGUACAGAGACGCGCUCGUAUCGUUUGUAGUGAGCUUGACCUUUAUGCGCGGACACGAUUCGAAUCGAUACGAGUUUGGGCGGAAGUUUGAAUCGGAAUGAUUCCGAGAAGCGUGAAAUGUGUAGAUUAGAUUAUUAGAUCGAUAGUGUUUUAAUAGUGUGUAUUUAUUCGUGUAGCGUCGACAUUGAUCGUCCGAGUCCUUAAAGAUUCGAUAAUUCGAAUGUGUGAACGUUGUAGAUAGACAUUUUUCGUUGUUCUUUUAUUUCGUUAUCUUGAAAAAUCAAAAUACUUUUUGGGACUCGAACGAACAUUGGAUUCGAUAGUCCAACCGGGCAAAUAGUGCAAUUGGAAAAUCUCCGUUCGUUCCACGAGGAACGAACGGCGGAGAUCACUGGAUUGGGAGAGGGAGAAUCAAAGUUUCGAAAAGUGUAGAAAAUUUUCGAGAUACCUUCGCGGUAAUGAGAAAUGAAAAAAAAACGAAAACGAAUAAAAAAGCACAAAAUUUUACUAUCGCAAUCCAGCGUGUCGGAUUAGUCAUCGGUGUGUAGAAAUUCUAGCAGCUAAAUAGUAGAGAACUGAAUUUAUUAUUAUUCUUAUUAUCGCUAUAAAGUUACGAUAAUUGGUAAUGAUCUUGCGAAAUAAUAAAGAAAAUUGCAAAUGUUUUUGCAAUUCGGUUUUUUUCAAUAUUCGUAUUCAAAGCUAUGGCUGUGAUCGUAAAAUUAAUUGAUAAAACAAAAAAUAAGAUAAAAAAUAAGAGGGGAGGGGCGGAGAGAGGGGGCAGAGGAAAAGAUAAAAGUGGUUCAUAUAUGUGUAUAUUAUAAUGUAUUCGACGAUUAUGUGCAUAGAAUUACGUUGUACAAUGUACAUUAAACGGGAGAGAAUGGGGGGAAAAAAAGUGAAGAAAUAUUUUGAAAACGCAAUCGUUCAAUAAGUUUAUUUAAUAUAUUCAAAAUUGUAAAGUGAUUCUUCCUUAUGAAAAUCUACAAGUGCGAAGAAAAUUGAUUGAACCCGAAGGAGUCAAAAUUCGGGAAGGAUCACUCCAAGUUUUUUUCGUUAUCGAGAGCCAUUGAGUAUCUCGAAAUGAAUUGGCAAAAUGUUGAAAAUUUUUUACGUUUAUUUUAUGAAAAAUAGUUGUAAACUGUAAAUAAAUAAUGUCCGAGGUCGCUCGGUGUCAACGAAGUGAAAAGGGGGGGAGAAAGAAGAGAAAAUAAUCGUUUCCGGUGUGUGAGAGAAUCAAAGGGUAAUUCGACGAUUGUACGAGUCGCUCGAUGAAAUCAAAUCUGUAAAUAGUUGACAAGCGCGAUCCUCGAUUCCGCAAUCGUAAAAUAUUUAAUUCCAGAGAGAAAUAAAAAAAAAAAAAAAAACUGUGGAGGCAAUUAAGUCUCCUCGCGAUGCGCAACGAAUGACGAAACGCUUGAUUCCUAAAGAAAAAAAAUGAGGCGACAAGUGCGCGCUUCCUUGUAACGAUUUAACUUCGAUUUCGUCGUUCGUCAAAGCCAAUGAAAAAUAAAAUAUUAAGUUGCGAAAUACUAAGCGCUCAAACGAUCAUGGGAAGUAACGGAGAAGCCAAAAACCCAACCGAAAAUCCGUAAACGCAUUACGAAUCUUGAAAUAAUCAGUUUUCUUACAUAUUUUGAGUAACUUUCAGUGACGUUCGCCGAACAAAAGCACCGCUAAUGCGCCCAUAGAAAGCACGCUAUUUAUUGACAACUACAAACCAAAAACAGGUACGAAAAAACAUCGACGGAUGAGACAAAGAUUGUUGACAAUUAAUCAAAGAAUUAUCGAAAAGAAACGAAUAACUCGUGCGUCUUACGGUUCAGGAGCGCAACAACGAUCGACGGAAAUGCGUUUACGUGAAAACAGAGCCAAAUACUUCGAUGUAUUUUCACUACAGUCCUGUCUACAGUCAAUUCAUUUUGUAUCUAUACCUAAUCUAUAUGUAUCUAUUGUCAUAAUUUAAUGCCAAAUAAAUGUUACAUUUACGCAGAUAAAAA